GUAAUAUCGUAAAACCCUAGUCUCAUAUAUAAUUGAAGGCGAAGCCUCAUUAUCCUCUUCCUCCGUAGGGUUUUCUGGCAGGCGACUAGCAGAGCUUCACAACAUUUCCUCAAAACCCUAGCUAUCUCAGUCUCUGUCGUCUAGCUUCGAAAACAUGGCAUCUAAGAGGAAGAACAGAGAGCCAAAGGAAGAUAAUGUCACCCUUGGCCCUGCUGUCAGAGAAGGAGAGCAUGUUUUUGGUGUGGCACAUAUUUUUGCGUCUUUCAACGACACAUUCAUUCAUGUGACUGAUCUUUCUGGGAGAGAAACCCUUGUUCGUAUCACUGGUGGAAUGAAGGUGAAAGCUGACAGAGAUGAAUCUUCUCCUUAUGCUGCUAUGCUUGCAGCUCAGGAUGUUGCACAGAGAUGCAAGGAGUUGGGUGUUACCGCUCUUCAUAUUAAGCUUCGUGCCACUGGUGGUAACAAAACCAAGACACCUGGUCCAGGUGCCCAGUCUGCUCUUCGUGCUCUUGCUCGAUCUGGAAUGAGAGUUGGCCGUAUUGAGGAUGUCACUCCCAUCCCAACUGACAGUACCCGUAGAAAGGGUGGUAGAAGAGGUAGAAGGCUUUAAGUUUUCUAUAUUCGCUACAAGUCAGUCUCAAAAAAAUGGCAAUUGUUGUGGUUCUCGAUGGUACGAGGGACUUGAGUUAGGUUGAUUGGACUUUCUAGUUUUGAGCCAUAUGUAGUUUUCUCAGUUGAGACUUUGCAAAGAUUUUAAUUAAGAUUGUAGGAAGAGUUUGUGAUAUCAUAAAAUAUUCCGAUUCUUUUUCUACUUAUCAAGUUGAUUUAAGCUGAUUAUGGUACUUGCACAAUGAGUUUUGAAAGAAUUUAUGUUUGCUCUGA